AUGUCCAGAGAUUCGAAAUCUCAAUUCGUUCUGAUUGUUAACGGACAAGUGGAAACAGCCAGAUUUCCCACUAUCCCCGACUUAUCAGUUCGACUCUUCUAUUCAUAUGGUCCUGAUUGGUACUUAGUUGCGGGACCAUCUGAUUUUCUAUCCUCCUCUUGCUCACGUGGUCAUGGUACCGAUAUAACGAUUGACCUACCCUUCCAGGGAACGUUUUCUUCCACCAACCCAUUCAAAUGGCCUCAAAUUGCUGUAGUUUGUUACGGACGCGACUUUUUUGGCCACGAUAUAAUUAGAGGAUAUGGAGCGACUAGGAUACCGACAAUUCCUGGAAGGCAUCGUUUGACCAUACCGUGUUUCACUCCAGAACCUUCAACCAUGUUGCAAAGGAUAAUUGGAUACUUUUGGGGGAAACGUCCUACGUUCCUAGACCCCGCUAUCACCACAAAAGCCGAAGGAAGACAAGCAGCACGAGUCUCUACGCAGGGUAUACUAUCGUUAUCCAUAAAUGUUCUACUGAAAGACAUGAAGAAAUUAGGAUUUGAUGUGACACCAGCAACGCUAUCGAAAGUUAGUGAAUUUCCACUUCCAGAUUUUCACGUAACCGAACCCUCCCAAAUAACACAUCAGGAACAUGCAAUAAAUGCCGUUGAACCAAGUUCUCAAACUAAUGAAAUACAAGAUCGACAACUCCCACAGCUAGUAGAUGAACCCCCAACAUGA